AUGGCCGACACAGAUGAGGCUGCCAUUCAUCUCCCCUCCAAUGACUCCGCGCCACACUUUGAGACCGACCUGUCGGACGAGACCCAGGACUUUCGCAUGUUGAACAACCUCUCAUUUCUCACAGACUCGUCUCAUGCCACGCUGCCGAAGCGCGGUGAAAAGGAUUUCGAACCCAAUCCCACCCUCCUCCAGGCCGAUGUACUCGCCGCCUCGCGCGAGGCGAUGCACAAUGCCCUUGCGCAUCCUCGACUCCAUAACCCCAAGAACAGAGUCGUGGGGUACUAUGCACCUGAGGGGCCGACGCCGCCUCCCUCGGUAGCCACUCCCAAGACGGCGGAGACGACAGCAGAGGAUGCGCCUGAACCCAGCGCGUCGCAGGACGACGCGGAGAUAAAACCUCAACCGACGAAUGCAGCCGACACGGGGCUCGGCAACAUCUUCCCCGACUCGUGUGUUUGCGUCCCGAUCCCCAAGGGCAACCUUUUCAAAUCAAUCGGCCGGGCGGAUCGCUGGAAUCGCGUGUGGCUGCUGCCGGAGGAAGCGCUGUAUCUCCUGGAACGAGGCAGCUUGGACAUCCGGUGGCCCGCCUCGUCGGUGGGAUGUGACGAGGGUGGUGAUACAGAGGAGCCGACGAUCCCAAUGAGUCUGCAGGCCGCCUAUGCAUGCUUCGUUGCAAGUGGAGGGUUGACCGUCGAGCGGUUUGCCGUCUACACCGGGUUGAAGCGCUUGGGUUAUUCGAUCUUUCGCGCGCCCGGAUGGUACGACGAUGUGGAGGAGCCGGCUCCUGCAGACCCGCCUCAGCCACAAGGACCUGGACUGGCCGGCAUCUACGAGAGGUUCUUGGAUUGGUUUCAUAAAUCCAACACCACGGCCCUUGGGCCCGCGGCCGGUCUGGGAAUCCAUCGUAGCUAUAAGGAUGUCUAUCGCAAACUUGCCAUCAUCCCGUGGUAUGACCCUGUCGCUCCCAAGACCGAAACGCCACGUACGUCGGCGCCGUUUCGCGUCGUUUUCCAUAUCUACAAGCCAUCCACGGCCUUCCGCAAGACGGCCCCCCCUCCCCCGGAUUUCCGCAUCGCCGUUGUCGACGCUCGCGAGCAAACGACCAUGCCCACGAUGGCCCAGCUAGGCAGCCUGCUCGAUAAUUCCCCGCUAGACCCGCCGCAGGGCGAGAAGAUGAGCCGGGCCCUCUACAUGCGCCUACGACAGGGGUACCGCAGUGUCAUUUUGGCAGUUGUGGACCAAGGCGUGGUGAGCUAUCUCCGAGUGGCCGAUGCAGCAUUUGGCAAGGAGAAGUUUAACACCAAAAUCUCACCUCAGACAUCACGUAUCCAGAUAAUCCGCUGCCAUCAACAUCUCCAGACACAGUUCCGGCGGAAUGUCCAUAUCCGGCACGUUACUCUGGUUCUUAUUCUUCUCAUUGUAGCAGAAAUAUUCGCAGACUUUCUCCAGGACAAUACCGCUAAUAUUUUCGAGGACGCAGCGACCCGUUAUGGCUUCGGAGAAUCGACCUGCACGCGCAACCACCGACAGAGAAGGAAAUGCUUACUGGACGGCUCCAACAUCCGACGUAUUGUCCCCGAAAUGCAGGCCGUGCUUCUCGGAAUCACAAACUCGAAUCCAUCGCCUGAUACUAGCGUCACGUAUUCGGACUGCUGGGAGGAUGAAGAAGCCAUUCUGGUAGAUGAGCGUGUCUGUUUUGUCAUGGAGCAGUCCAGGCAGAAGAGCAAAGAGGCGGCGGCGCCGAGAAUCGCGUGGGUUUCCCGCGGGUGGUCCGUGCUCAAGCUGGUGACGGAAUUCCGCUGCAUCUUCUACUUCUACUUCUACUUCUCUUUCGGUCAGGGCAGAGGUUUCAACCUUUUAUCCCCACUAACACUCCCCAUCUCAACCCGAACCAUCUCAUUUACCCCCAUCAAAGACAACUACCCCGUCACCAAAAACAGCACAAACCAACUCUCCGGCCGCACAUGCAUGAUAACAGGCGGCUCCUCAGGGAUCGGAUACGCUAUUGCCGAACGAUUCCUGCAAGAAGGCGCAGACCGGGUCAUCGUUGUAGGACGGUCCUAUGAGCGACUGAUUUACGCUGCGGCGCGGUUGCAGAGAGCUACGUCUGUUGACGAGGGUCUGACGCUUCCGGAUGGAGAGGUCGCCACUACUCGAGCUUUAGAAGAGGAGGAUGGAACGCAGCAACAGGACCAGGAAAGCGAUGCACCUGCGGCAGAACGAACACCGGGCUCGUUGGUUCCUGCGUCGGAUCGGAUCAGUUUACUGGUGGGCGAUGUAUCAGAGGCGAGCGGGUGGGCUCGCGAACUAGAGAAGGCGAUGGUAUUCCUACCCUACCCUCUCAACCAUCUUAAUCAAUUGAACCGUGCAGAUAUACUUCCAGAACACAAUGAAUCUAACAGAAUGCAGCAAAACGUGGACAUCCUCGUCAACGCCGCCGGGAUCUCCAUCUCCAACAUCCUCCCCAAGCUAGAACCAGCCGACAUCUCACAAACUCUGCGCACGAACCUCGAAGGCGCGAUGCUGACAUCGCGCGCGUUACUCCGCGCCUCGAUCCGCAGUCGACUCCGGAACCGGAGUAAAGACAGCGAUGGCAGCACGGGACCGGUGUCGAAAUGCAUCAUUAACAUCUCGUCGCUGCUAGCCGUGAAAGGGGGAACGGGCGCGGUACCGUACGCAGCUUCCAAGGCGGGUCUUUUGGGGCUGACGAGGUCGUUGAGCGUCGAGGCUGCGAGUUCCUUGCGGGAUGUGGUGGUAAGGUCGAAUGCGAUUGUACCGGGGUAUAUUGAGACGCCGAUGAUUGCGGAUUUCAGCGGAAGCGAAACCAACCGGCUGAAAGAGUGCAUUCCGCUACGACGAUUUGGCCAGCCACAUGAGAUUGCGGACGCGGCGGUGUUUCUGGCCCGUAACGAAUAUGCCAAUAACUGCGUGCUCAAUCUGGACGGGGGAUUGAGCGCUGUGUAA